GAGCGGUGGCGGCUGCGGUGCCGGCGGUUGUGUGAGGAGAGUCGACCGAGGCCGUGUGGAGGCCCGAACCCGCCACCAUGAGCAGCACCCUAGCCAAGAUCGCCGAGAUCGAAGCUGAGAUGGCUCGGACUCAGAAGAACAAGGCCACAGCACACCAUCUUGGGUUGCUGAAGGCUCGCCUUGCCAAGCUUCGCCGAGAGCUCAUUACUCCAAAAGGUGGAGGAGGUGGUGGACCGGGAGAAGGUUUUGAUGUGGCCAAGACAGGCGAUGCUCGGAUCGGGUUUGUGGGUUUUCCGUCUGUGGGCAAGUCAACGUUGCUCAGUAACCUGGCAGGGGUGUAUUCUGAGGUGGCAGCCUAUGAGUUCACUACUCUCACCACUGUGCCUGGUGUCAUCAGAUACAAGGGUGCCAAGAUCCAGCUGCUGGAUCUCCCUGGAAUCAUUGAAGGUGCCAAGGACGGGAAAGGGAGAGGCCGGCAAGUCAUUGCAGUGGCCAGAACCUGUAACUUGAUCCUCAUCGUUCUGGAUGUCCUGAAACCCUUGGGGCAUAAGAAGAUAAUUGAAAACGAGCUGGAAGGCUUUGGCAUUCGUUUGAACAGCAAACCUCCCAACAUUGGCUUCAAGAAGAAGGACAAAGGAGGCAUUAAUCUCACAGCUACUUGUCCACAGAGUGAACUGGAUGCUGAAACCGUGAAGAGCAUUCUAGCUGAGUACAAGAUCCACAACGCCGAUGUGACCCUGCGCAGUGAUGCCACGGCGGAUGACCUCAUCGACGUGGUGGAAGGAAACAGAGUUUACAUCCCUUGUAUCUACGUUUUGAAUAAGAUUGAUCAGAUCUCCAUUGAGGAACUGGAUAUCAUCUACAAGGUGCCUCACUGUGUCCCCAUCUCUGCCCAUCACCGCUGGAACUUUGAUGACCUGUUGGAAAAGAUCUGGGACUAUCUGAAACUAGUGAGGAUCUACACCAAACCCAAAGGCCAGUUACCGGAUUACACGUCCCCGGUGGUGCUGCCGUACUCCAGGACCACGGUGGAGGAUUUCUGCAUGAAGAUUCACAAGAAUCUCAUCAAAGAGUUUAAAUACGCGCUGGUCUGGGGACUCUCUGUGAAGCACAAUCCUCAGAAAGUGGGCAAAGACCAUACGUUGGAGGAUGAGGAUGUCAUUCAGAUUGUGAAGAAGUGAAACCUUUCCUUCCCCUAUCUACUGAGAUGGCCACGACAGCCCUCGCCACGAGCACACCGCCUUGUUCCAGCCCCUGGUGGCACUGGGAGUUGCCACUGGAUUGAUUAGGACUUGGGAGGGAGGUGAAGGCUCCCAAACUACCUUCACUGGUCUUCUCCUGGUGUCACUUCGUAUGUUGAACGGCAUAAAAGAUCUAGCAGGCCUGUUGGCCUCUUG